AUGAACAAAUGUUUGAAUCCAGACAUGGAUAUAACCUACAAUGUUGUUUGUGCAGCUUACUUGAGUUUUUACCUUUCACUCCCUCACCUCCCUUGCAGGUCAGAGUAAAGCCCCACAGUCAGCCCCCAAUCCCUCAGUCCACCCCCUGCAGCCCCAGAAUGGAAAUUAUGGUAAACAACUCCAGAUCACCCACUGUGCUUUUAAAUGUAAUGCCUUUUCACAUCCUGUACCAGGAGUUGAAUUGAGAGGUUGGGUCAUUAAUGGACUGUAUUCUCAAGAUAAAUUCCUAAUAUUUUGCAGUGCCUUCGGAAGGUAUUCAGACCCCUUGACUUUUUCCACAUUUUGUUACGUUACAGCCUUAACCUAAAAAUGGAUUAAAUAAAAAAAUGUAAUCAGCAAACUACACACAAUACCCCAUAAUGACAAAGCGAAAACAGGUUUUUAGAAACACCUUAUUUACAUAAGUAUUCAGACCCUUUGCUUUGAGACUUGAAAUUGAGCUCAGGUGCAUCCUGUUUCCAUUGAUCAUCCUUGAGAUGUUUCUACAACUUGGAGUCCACCUGUGGUAAAUGCAAUUGAUUGGACAUGAUUUGGAAAGGCACACACCUGUCUAUAUAAGGUCCCACAGUUGACAGUGCAUGUCUGAGCAAAAAACCAAGCCGUGAUGUUUAAGGAAUUGUCCGUAGAGCUCUGAGACAGGAUUGUGUCGAGGCACAGAUCUGGGGAAAGGUACCCAAAAAUGUCUGCAGCAUUGAAGGUCCCCAAGAACACAGUGGCCUCCAUCAUUCUUAAAUGGAAGAAGUUUGGAACCACCAAGUCUGGAGGAAACCUGGCACCAUCUCUACGGUGAAGCAUGGUGGUGGCAGCAUCAUGCUGUGGGGAUGUUUUUCAGUGGCAGGGACUGGGAGACUAGUCAGGAUCGAGGCAAAGAUGAACGGAGCAAAGUACAGAGAUCCUUGAUGAAAACCUGUUCAGGACCUCAGACUGGGGCGAAGGUUCACCUUCCAACAGGACAACGACCCUAAGCACACAGACAAGACAACGCAGGAGUGGCUUCGGGACAAGUCUCUGAAUGUCCUUGAGUGGCCCAGCCAGAGCCCGGACUUGAACCCGAUCAAACAUCUCUGGAGAGAACUGAAAAUAGCUGUGCAGCAAUGCUCCCCAUCCAACCUGACAGAGCUUGAGAGGAUCUGCAGAGGGGGGUGGGAGAAACUCCCCAAAUACAGGUGUGCCAAGCUUGUAGCGUCAUACCCAAGAAGACUUGAGGCUGUAAUUGCUGCCAAAGGUGCUUCAACAAAGUACUGAGUAAAGGGUCUGAAUACUUAUGUAAAUGUAUUGUGUGUGUAGAUACAGUGGGGGAAAAAAGUAUUUAGUCAGCCACCAAUUGUGCAAGUUCUCCCACUUAAAAAGAUGAGAGAGGCCUGUAAUUUUCAUCAUAGGUACACGUCAACUAUGACAGACAAAUUGAGGAAAAAAAAUCCAGAAAAUCACAUUGUAGGAUUUUUAAUGAAUUUAUUUGCAAAUUAUGGUGGAAAAUAAGUAUUUGGUCACCUACAAACAAGCAAGAUUUCUUGCUCUCACAGACCUGUAACUUCUUCUUUAAGAGGCUCCUCUGUCCUCCACUCAUUACCUGUAUUAAUGGCACCUGUUUGAACUUGUUAUCAGUAUAAAAGACACCUGUCCACAACCUCACAGUCACACUCCAAACUCCACUAUGGCCAAGACCAAAGAGCUGUCAAAGGACACCAGAAACAAAAUUGUAGACCUGCACCAGGCUGGGAAGACUGAAUCUGCAAUAGGUAAGCAGCUUGGUUUGAAGAAAUCAACUGUGGGAGCAAUUAUUAGGAAAUGGAAGACAUACAAGACCACUGAUAAUCUCCCUCGAUCUGGGGCUCCACACAAGAUCUCACCCCGUGGGGUCAAAAUGAUCCCAAGAACGGUGAGCAAAAAUCCCAGAACCACACGGGGGGACCUAGUGAAUGACCUGCAGAGAGCUGGGACCAAAGUAACAAAGCCUACCAUCAGUAACACACUACGCCGCCAGGGACUCAAAUCCUGCAGUGCAAGACGUGUCCCCCUGCUUAAGCCAGUACAUGUCCAGGCCCGUCUGAAGUUUGCUAGAGUGCAUUUGGAUGAUCCAGAAGAGGAUUGGGAGAAUGUCAUAUGGUCAGAUGAAACCAAAAUAGAACUUUUUGGUAAAAACUCAACUCGUUGUGUUUGGAGGACAAAGAAUGCUGAGUUGCAUCCAAAGAACACCAUACCUACUGUGAAGCAUGGGGGUGGAAACAUCAUGCUUUGGGGCUGUUUUUCUGCAAAGGGACCAGGACGACUGAUCCGUGUAAUGGAAAGAAUGAAUGGGGCCAUGUAUCGUGAGAUUUUGAGUGAAAACCUCCUUCCAUCAGCAAGGGCAUUGAAGAUGAAACGUGGCUGGGUCUUUUCAGCAUGACAAUGAUCCCAAACACACCGCCCGGGCAACGAAGGAGUGGCUUCGUAAGAAGCAUUUCUAGGUCCUGGAGUGGCCUAGCCAGUCUCCAUAUCUCAACCCCAUAGAAAAUCUUUGGAGAGAGUUGAAAGUCCGUGUUGCCCAGCGACAGCCCCAAAACAUCACUGCUCUAGAGGAGAUCUGCAUGGAGGAAUGGGCCAAAAUACCAGCAACAGUGUGUGAAAACCUUGUGAAGACUUACAGAAAACGUUUGACCUGUGUCAAAAUCCUACAAUGUGAUUUUCUGGAUUUUUUUCCCUCAUUUUGUCAUGACGUGUACCUAUGAUGAAAAUUACAGGCCUCUCUCAUCUUUUUAAGUGGGAGAACUUGCACAACUUGGUGGCUGACUAAAUACUUUUUUCCCCCACUGUAUAUAUACAGUGGGGAGAACAAGUAUUUGAUACACUGCCGAUUUUGCAGGUUUUCCUACUUACAAAGCAUGUAGAGGUCUGUAAUUUUUUAUCAUAGGUACACUUCAACUGUGAGAGACGGAAUCUAAAACAAAAAUCCAGAAAAUCACAUUGUAUGAUUUUGAAGUAAUUAAUUUGCAUUUUAUUGCAUGACAUAAGUAUUUGAUCACCUACCAACCAGUAAGAAUUCUGGCUCUCACAGACCUGUUAGUUUUUCUUUAAGAAGCCCUCCUGUUCUCCACUCAUUACCUGUAUUAACUGCACCUGUUUGAACUCAUUACCUGUAUAAAAGACACCUGUCGACACACUCAAUCAAACAGACUCCAACCUCUCCACAAUGGCCAAGAUCAGAGAGCUGUGUAAGGACAUCAGGGAUAAAAUUGUAGACCUGCACAAGGCUGGGAUGGGCUACAGGACAAUAGGCAAGCCGCUUGGUGAGAAGGCAACAACUGUUGGCGCAAUUAUUAGAAAAUGGAAGAAGUUCAAGAUGACGGUCAAUCACCCUCGGUCUGGGGCUCCAUGUAAGAUCUCACCUCGUGGGGCAUCAAUGAUCAUGAGGAAGGUGAGGGAACAGCCCAGAACUACACGGCAGGACCUGGUCAAUGACCUGAAGAGAGCUGGGACCACAGUCUCAAAGAAAACCAUUAGUAACACAUUACGCCGUCAUGGAUUAAAAUCCUGCAGCGCACGCAAGGUCCCCCUGCUCAAGCCAGCGCAUGUCCCGUCUGAAGUUUGCCAAUGACCAUCUGGAUGAUCCAGAGGAGGAAUGGGAGAAGGUCAUGUGGUCUGAUGAGACAAAAAUAGAGCUUUUUGGUCUAAACUCCACUCGCUGUGUUUGGAGGAAGAAGAAGGAUGAGUACAACCCCAAGAACAAUAAUCCCAACCGUGAAGCAUGGAGGUGGAAACAUCAUUCUUUGGGGAUUAUUUUCUGCAAAGGGGACAGGACGACUGCACCGUAUUGAGGGGAGGAUGGAUGGGGCCAUGUAUCGCGAGAUCUUGGCCUAUAACCUCCUUCCCUCAGUAAGAGCAUUGAAGAUGGGUCGUGGCUGGGUCUUCCAGCAUGACAACGACCCGAAACACACAGCCAGGGCAACUAAGGAGUUACUCCGUAAGAAGAAUCUCAAGGUCCUGGAGUGGCCUAGCCAGUCUCCAGACCUGAACCCAAUAGAAAAUCUUUGGAGGGAGCUGAAAGUCCGUAUUGCCCAGCGACAGCCCCGAAACCUGAAGGAUCUGGAGAAGGUCUGUAUGGAGGAGUGGGCCAUAAUCCCUGCUGCAGUGUGUGCAAACCUGGUCAAGACCUGACAGGAAUACGUCUUAUUUCUGUAAGUGCAAACAAAGGUUUCUAUACUCAAAUAUUAAGUUCUGCUGCUUUUCUGAGUAUCAAAUACUUAUGUCAUGCAAGAUAAUGCAAAUUAAUUUACUUAACAAUCCUACAAGUGAUUUCUGGGUUUUUGUUUUUAGAAUUAAGUCUCUCACAGUUGAAGUGUUACCUUAUGCUUAAAAUUACAGCCCUCUACCUGCUUUGUACUAGGAAACCGCAAAAUCGGCGUGUCUCAACUCUUGUUUCUUCCCCACUGUGUGUGUGUGUGUGUAUAUAUAUAUAAUAUAUAUAUAUGUGUGUAUUUCUUAUGAUUUUGUCGAGAACCUUGAAGAAACUACAAAAAACAUUUGCCUCUUGGGUAGUAGAUGGCAGUAGAAACUAAAUCUGGUAAUGAUUACUGGAUGCUACAGAAAGCUAAAAACAUUUUGCCUGGUAGUUCUGACUGAUCCAUGUUGACCAUGGAUGCUGUUAAGGACAAAAUACUAGGUCUGUAUUCUGUCGCUUUGUUGCAAUAAGCCAUUAAAAUCAGUCUUAGAGUAAAGGUAUAAAACAGACAUGCUGCUGUACGUCACACUGGUUAUUAUUUCCAGGUGUCCAGAUGUGCUCGUCAGUCAGACUGUAAAUCUGGUUUUGAAUUGGAUAUGAUAUGAAUAUACUGUAGUAUUGACUUAAGGGUUUCAACACCUUACAUUUACUUCAUCUAGCAGAUGCUCUUAUCCAGAGCGACUUACAGUAGUGAGUGCAUAUGUUUUAAUACUUUUUUCAUACUGGUCCCCCAUGGGAAUCGAACCCACAUCCCUGGCGCUGGAAGCGCCAUGCUCUUCCAACUGAGCUACACGGGACUAACUUAAUCUUAAUUUCGACAGUUCCCUUUUCAUCAAGUAAUUAGGUAAGCACUUGGUUAUAAUUAGUACUGAAAUAAAAUGGUAAUCAUGCCAUGAUGAGAGAUGGUAUGUGAUGGGUAGCCUAAUUAUCAAUAAUAGUAAGCUACUGACAUUGAUUCCAAAAUAUACAUAUAUUUAGUUAGUCUACUUGAAUUUGGCAUUUGUUUUAUUUUUUACAAAUGCUCACUAAAUAGCUCUAAGAGGAAAAGGGUGCAGGUAAUUAAAUUAAUGCCUAAUUCUAAGUUCAUGUUUAUCAUCUCUCAUUACCCAUCUCUUGUGACAUAUAACCAUUUCUAAUCAUUACACAGUACAAAUGUUUAACCAGUUAUUUCAUGAAAAUAUGCAGGGCUAUAGGAAAUAUUUCUUAGUGCUAACCUACAGUAUUGUAUGGCAUUUUGUGAACCAUGACAGAUGAACUCUUAGCCCAAUAUAUGGCUUCAGAAGCUUAUAUCAUUUUAUGGUCAGGGUCGUAGGUAUUCAUCCCACUAAUCUGGUGUCAGGGAAUUGAAGUAGUGAUGGUGAGCUUCAUCCUCCUCAUCAGCACAGUUAUUAUUGUUCAGUUGUGUGGCUGUGCUGCUGGAUCUGGGGGCUUAAUUACUAGAAAUGCAGUGGUUGGCAAAGUGGACACUUUGAACUGUAAUCCACAGUGUGAGACGCACACAAAUCAAAUGUGCAGCUAGCGCUUGUCCGAACAGAGAAACCUCAAAGUCAGGCCGCAUGCACCAAUCUCCUGUGGGAAGAGCAGCUUUGGUUUGUUAUUUCACACUUCUGUCUGCUUUGAGUCUGUGAUACGUGAAUGAAUCAUCAUCUCUCUCUCUCUCGCUCUCUCUCUCACUGAAACACCAUCUCACAGACUCACAAGUUAGUUGGUCUUGGGGGGUUUGUCUCCUCUCUCCUAUCCCAAACAUACAGCAAUAAAUCCACUACUCUUCCUGAUUAAAGUUUUUCUGUUAUGUGAGACUACUCUCAUGAAGUUAGAUAAUUACAGUGAUCAAGGAGUUGCUAUCCAAAUAUAUAUAUAUAUAUAUAUAUAUUUUUUUUUAAUUCAGCCCUGAUGCAUUAUGGAUGUCUAUUCUGUUGAGUUUGCCACUCUAUCACUGCUGUCUAUAUGCACCAAUAGCUCCCCUGUUGUCUUUUUCAUUUCCCUAUCUAUCAUAAGGCUCCAUGAACAAAGGUCCCAGCAGAGAGUUUGGGGGGAAGAAGGCCAUGCCUCCGUCUGCCAUGCCCAGCACUCCUGGGGGAUCCUCCAAAGUCGUGCCCAUCGCCAGCCUCAACCCCUACCAGUCAAAGUGUGUGGUCUUCUUAUACCCGUCUAUGGUUGCGUCCCAAAUAGCACCGUAUUCCCUAUAUAGUGUACUACUUUAAAGUAGUGCACUAUAUAGGGAACAUAUUGCCUUUUGGGAUGCAUCCUAUCAUUUUGACGACCAUCUCAAACAGCAUGAUCUCUUGCCCAUAUGUUUACUCUUGAGUCAUAGAAUGGUCAUAAUGAUGGUCUGAUUUGUAUGUGGGGAUGUGUUUGUGUGAUUUAUUCCAUAGAUAGUUGGUCAAGGUAUUUUCAAGGAGUAUAGGUUCAUCCAACAACAACAUAAACAUUGUUUAUUUUCUGUCAGGUGGACCAUCCGAGCCCGUGUCACCAACAAGAGCGGCAUCCGCACCUGGAGCAACUCUCGUGGGGACGGCAAGCUGUUCUCCAUGGAGAUUGUGGAUGAGAGUGUGAGUAACCCUUUCUGUUUGCAUUUUCUCAUGUUGCCGUGUUGGAUCGCGUGGAGCUAGUCCGUAGCUGACUGUGUUGUGUGUUGAUGCAGGGCGAGAUCCGAGUGACUGCCUUUACCCAGGAGGUGGACAAGUUCUACAGCAUCAUCGAGACUGGCAAGGUGAGAUGAACUGCCUCCUAUUAAUGAUGCUUAUCCACCAUAUGUCUGUCACUUUGGCAGAUUUGGGUCAACUGAGUAAUCAAUCUCAAUGUGCUAUUGCCAAUACUUUUUGAUUUGUACAAUGUGCUGAAUUGGAUAUAAUAUGAUUUGAUAUAAUGAUAAAAAUCUGAGAUAAUGAAUGAUUCUCUCCAAAAUGAGUCACAGGACAGUAGCAACAUGAUCAUCUGCUACAGAUCCUCUGCCAGGCUUUAUUUAGCUCCUACAUCAGUAUUCAGGUGAAAUGAAUCCUGUGCCCAAAUCUAUUUUAGAUUUAAGCCUUAUUUGAUCCAUGUCCAGGUGUUCUACAUCUCCAAGGGAUCACUGAAGAUCGCCAACAAGCAGUACUCGUCCCUGAAGAAUGACUAUGAGAUGACCCUGAAUGGAGAGUCCACCAUCAUCCCCUGUGAGGACACCCAGGACGUACCCAUGGUGCAGUGCAACUUCGUCUCCAUCGCCGACCUGGAGGCCCGAGAAAAGGACGCCAUUUUGGGUAAGGCGCAGGUGUACCAAGGGAGGAGUGAAGGGGAUAGGUGGUCCAGGCAGGGCUGGCGGGGCGUGAUAACCAUCAUUAAUAACAGACUUAAUAAUAAGCUAUCAUGGGGAUAGCUGCAAAAGAGUGGUAGGGUAGCGUAGGGGAGAUGGAUGCUACGGCGAUAGCGGGUUGCGGUAGGGUGGUUGAGGUAAUUAUAAGAGCAGAGAUAAAAGUCAUUAAUAAUGCUGAUGACAGUAGUGGCCUGUGGCGCAGAUUGACUUUGGGCCCUAUGGCGGAGUCCGGUGAGCAGAGGAGAAAACACUGUCACUGGUAAAAGGAGUCGGUAAUAAGAAGCCAUAGUCGGCAUCCCAAAUGGCACUCUAGUCCCUAUAUAGUGCAAUACUUUUGACCAAGGCCUAUAUGGCUUCGGUCAAAAGUAGUGCACUAUGUAGAGAAUAGGAUGCCAUUUGGGACACAUCCCUAGUUGUAAUGAUGUUAAUAGACUUAGUGCAGCUUGUAGUGUAGCUGUAGAGUCAUUUGUCUUCCGGACCAGCAGGCGUCAGCCCAGCCAGCCCUGUGAUGUUGAAGAUAUCUUCUUAAUCAUGCUUAAAUGAGUUGUAACCUAACAAAGACUGGAUGAAAGGGUUAAUUAAGAUGGCAGAGAGUAUAGGCUACUCCCAAAUGACACCCUAUUCCCUAUAUAGUGCACUACUUUUGACCAGAGGGCCCAUUUGGGACGUAACCAUAGAACUGUAAUGUUGCUGAUAACGUCUCAUUUGCUUUGGCCCCCUUGCAGGGGUAAAUGGCUAUGCAUCAGCUCACCUUGAUAGAAGCAGGUUAACAUGAAUCUGUACUCAGGAUAAAUUAAAUGAGCAACAACAUCCAUUUAGUUUUAUUUUUGUUUCCCAUUCCUAUACAUACAGUACCAGUCAAAAAUGUGGACAUACCUACUCAUUCAAGGGUUUUUCUUUAUUUUUACUAUUUUCUACAUUGUACAAUAAUAGUGAAGACAUCAAAACUAUGAAAUAACACAUAUGGAAUCAUGUAGUAACCAAAAAAGUGUUAAACAAAUGAAAUGAGAUUCUUCAAAUAGCCACCCCAUGCCUUGAUGACAGCUUUGCACACUCUUGGCAUUCUCUCAACCAUCUUCACCUGGAAUGCUAUUCCAACAGUCUUGAAGGAGUUCCCACAUAUGCUGAGCACUUGUUGGCUGCUUUUCCUUCACUCUGCCGUCCAACUCAUCCCAAACCAUCUCAAUUGGGUUCAGGUCGGGGAUUGUGGAGGCCAGGUCAUCUGAUGCAUCACUCCAUGACUCUCCUUCUUGGUAAAAUAGCCCUUACACAUCCUGGAGGUGUGUUGGGUCAUUGUCCUGUUUAAAAUCAAAUGAUAGUCCCACUAAGCCCAAACCAGAUGGGAUGGCGUAUCGCUGCAGAAUGCUGUGGUAGCCAUGCUGGUUAAGUGUGCCUUGAAUUCUAAAUAAAUGACAGACGGUGUCACCAGCAAAGCACCCCCACACCAUAACACCUCCUCCUCCAUGCUUUACGGUGGGAACUACACAUGCGGAGAUCAUCCGUUCACCCACACCGCGUCUCACAAAGACACAGCGGUUGGAACCAAAAAACUCAAAUUUGGACUCCAGACCAAAGGACUAAUGUCCAUUGCUCGUGUUUCUUGGCCCAAGCAGGUCUCUUCCUCUUAUUGGUGUCCUUUAGUAGUGGUUUCUUUGCAGCAAUUCGACCAUGAAGGCCUGACUCACACAGUUUCCUCUGAACAGUUGAUGUUGAGAUAUGUCUGUGACUUGAACUCUGUGAAGCAUUUUUUUGGGCUGCAAUUUCUGAGGCUGGUAACUCUAAUGAACUUAUCCUCUGCAGCAGAGGUAACUUUUGGUCUUCCAUUCCUGUGGCGGUCCUCAUGAGAGCCAGUUUCAUCCUAGCGCUUGAUGGUUUUUGCGACUGCACUUGAAGAAACUUUCAAAGUUCUUGACGUUUUCCGUAUUGACUGACCUUCAUGUCUUUAAGUAAUGAUGGACUGUCGUUUCUCUUUGCUUAUUUGAGCUGUUCUUGCCAUAAUAUGGACUUGGUCUUUUACCAAAUAGGGCUAUCUUCUGUAUACCACCCCUACCUUGUCACAACACAACUGAUUGUCUCAAAUGCAUUAAGAAGGAAAGAAAUUCCACAAAUUAACUUUUAAGAAGGCACACCUGUUAAUUGAAAUGCAUUCCAGGUUACCUCAUGAAGCUGGUUGAGAGAAUGCCAAGAGUGUGCAAAGUUGUCAUCAAGGCAAAGGGUGGCUAUUUGAAGAAUCUCAAAUAUAUUUUAAUUUGUUUAACACUUUGUUGGUUACUACAUGAUUCCAUAUGUGUUAUUUAAUAGUUUUGAUGUCUUCACUAUUAUUCUACAAUGUAAAAAAUAGUACAAAUAAAGAAAAACCCUUGAAUGAGUAGGUGUGUCCAAACUUUUGACUGGUAGUGUAUGUAUGUGUGUAUAUGUAUGUGUGUGUGUGUGUGUGUGUGUGUGUGUAUAUAUAUGCCAUUUAGCAGACGCGUUUAUCCAAAGCAACUUACGGUACGUGCAUACAUUUGUAUUAUAUUUUGCUCCACGGGAAUCAAACCCACAACCUUAGCCAUGCUUGUGCCAAGCUCUACCAACUGAGCCAGACAGGACCACAGAGGCUAGGGGUUAGGGUUAGCCAGUGGUAGCUGGUGAAGGGAGAAACCGGAGGAUGGGCUCAUUGUAAUACAUAGUUAUAUGGAAUGUAAUGAGGAAUGGUAUCAAACAUGAAAUAAAACAUCUGUCAUUAAUGAUCUAGAAUGAAUGUACAUUUGAAAUAGUGCAGUGUCAUCAUUUGCAGUCUCUUUUGGGACCCUGUCACAUGCAUAACACAAAAUGUUCCUGUAGUGUUAUGAAAAGGCUAAUAUUUUAUAUAAUUUUUGAGGUAUACAAUCCUCUAAUUCACAAUGAAAAUAAAGAUUUUCAAAUAAUGAAUUGUAAAGGCAUUUUCUAGCACAUUUUGCAUUUUUGGUUGGUUAACACGGGACCCACGAGUGCACUUUGAUAGCCUAUGCGAUACCUAUUCAAGAUAAUGGUGAUUUCUUGACUCUUUUGAGGUACACUACAUUUUCAGAUGACUAUAAAAGUAUUAUGAUGAAGUUUGGUGAAAUAUUUCAUAUAUAUAUAUAUAUAUAUAUAUAUACACAGUGGGGAAAAAAAGUAUUUAGUCAGCCACCAAUUGUGCAAGUUCUCCCACUUAAAAAGAUGAGAGAGGCCUGUAAUUUUCAUCAUAGGUACACGUCAACUAUGACAGACAAAAUGAGAAAAAAAAUUCCAGAAAAUCACAUUGUAGGAUUUUUAAUGAAUUUAUUUGCAAAUUAUGGUGGAAAAUAAGUAUUUGGUCACCUACAAACAAGCAAGAUUUCUGGCUCUCACAGACCUGUAACUUCUUUAAGAGGCUCCUCUGUCCUCCACUCGUUACCUGUAUUAAUGGCACCUGUUUGAACUUGUUAUCAGUAUAAGACACCUGUCCACAACCUCAAACAGUCACACUCCAAACUCCACUAUGGCCAAGACCAAAGAGCUGUCAAAGGACACCAGAAACAAAAUUGUAGACCUGCACCAGGCUGGGAAGACUGAAUCUGCAAUAGGUAAGCAGCUUGGUUUGAAGAAAUCAACUGUGGGAGCAAUUAUUAGGAAAUGGAAGACAUACAAGACCACUGAUAAUCUCCCUCGAUCUGGGGCUCCACGCAAGAUCUCACCCCGUGGGGUCAAAAUGAUCACAAGAACGGUGAGCAAAAAUCCCAGAACCACACGGGGGGACCUUGUGAAUGACCUGCAGAGAGCUGGGACCAAAGUAACAAAGCCUACCAUCAGUAACACACUACGCCGCCAGGGACUCAAAUCCUGCAGUGCAAGAUGUGUCCCCCUGCUUAAGCCAGUACAUGUCCAGGCCCAUCUGAAGAUUGCUAGAGUGCAUUUGGAUGAUCCAGAAGAGGAUUGGGAGAAUGUCAUAUGGUCAGAUGAAACCAAAAUAUAACUUUUUGGUAAAAACUCAACUUGUCGUGUUUGGAGGACAAAGAAUGCUGAGUUGCAUCCAAAGAACACCAUACCUACUGUGAAGCAUGGGGGUGGAAACAUCAUGCUUUGGGGCUGUUUUUCUGCAAAGGGACCAGGACGACUGAUCCGUGUAAAGGAAAGAAUGAAUGAGGCCAUGUAUCGUGAGAUUUUGAGUGAAAACCUCCUUCCAUCAGCAAGGGCAUUGCAGAUGAAACGUAGCUGGGUCUUUCAGCAUGACAAUGAUCCCAAACACACCGCCCGGGCAACGAAGGAGUGGCUUCGUAAGAAGCAUUUCAAGGUCCUGGAGUGGCCUAGCCAGUCUCCAGAUCUCAACCCCAUAGAAAAUCUUUGGAGGGAGUUGAAAGUCCGUGUUGCCCAGCGACAGCCCCAAAACAUCACUGCUCUAGAGGAGAUCUGCAUGGAGGAAUGGGCCAAAAUACCAGCGACAGUGUGUGAAAACCUUGUGAAGACUUACAGAAAACGUUUGACCUGUGUCAUUGCCAACAAAGGGUAUAUAACAAAGUAUUGAGAAACUUUUGUUAUUGACCAAAUACUUAUUUUCCACCAUAAUUUGCAAAUAAAUUCAUAAAAAAUCCUACAAUGUGAUUUUCUGGAAUUCUUUUUCUCAUUUUGUCUGUCAUAGUUGACGUGUACCUAUAAUGAAAAUUACAGGCCUCUCUCAUCUUUUUAAGUGGGAGAACUUGCACAAUUGGUGGCUGACUAAAUACUUUUUUUCCCCCACUGUAAACACUCACAGCGUCACAUCCAUAACGGAGAAUGUCACAUCCAUAACGGUCAAUAUUCCUCUCUAAAGUAUAUAUGAAAAUGUUAAUAUUUUCAUCAUUGUUGUUUUUGUGUGUAGCCAAGCCUUCCUUUCAAAGUCUGUUAAUAUUUUACCCUAAGACUUUGAGAUGCAUAGACUUUGCCGAAGUGUCUGUUCUCCCAAAAAUGCCUGUCCAUUUCCAUCACGUCCACAAUGCAAGUUCUGUUGUUCCGUUACUUCAAACUGGUAUUAUUUAGAACUUUGUAAUUUUGUGUCUACACUUCCCCUAUAAGGUUCUACAAAAAUACACAUUAACAUUUUCAUUGAUGCUUGAUAAGUCAUUUUUUUGUGUGCAAAUCCAUAACGCUGGAAUUGCCCUGUCCAUCCCAGUCCAAACAAUCCUCUCAAGUUCCAAAACUGAAAACUGUUUAGAUUACAUAAAGGAGAGUUGACUGCUUUCAGUUCAUGUAAAAAAUAAAAUAAUUGCAGAGUUUCAAGGUUUUCUUCAGACAGUGACAAUAUAAACAAUGUAUAGCCUACAUCCGUCAGGCUGGGAGAGACUGAUGAGAGGCUGUGUUAGAGCAUCACGCUGACUGAUCUAUAAAUAAUUAUUUAAAUUUGAGCUCUCAUCCAGAGUGACUUACAGGAGCAAUUAGGGUUAAGUGCCUUGCUCAAGGGCACAUCGACAUAUUUUUCACCUAGUCGGCUCUGGGAAUUAAACCAGCGACCUUUCGGUUACUGUCCCAACGCUCUUAACCGCUAGGCUACCUGCUGCCCCAUGAGGAUAAUUAUUUAGCACGUAAAGUGACUUUUAGAAAAGUCAAUGUGCAGUGUCCGACUGCAAUGUAGUGGAAUUUGAUCUCAAACACGACCGUAGUCUACUGUGCUCAUGAUGUCACCGGUGUUGAAAAUAACUUCAACUAUCAAUGGACAUUCCACAUAUGCAUAUUAUAAAUAUUGAUCACAUGUCUGAUUCUCCUGGGUCACUCAAGGUUCUCCAAAGUAAUGCUGCUCAUAGUCUACUGUGCUAAUGAUGUGACUGUGUGUGUUUUCCAGAUGUGAUUGGAGUCUGUAAGAGCGUGGCCGACGUGACCCGCCUCACCACCAAGAACAACCGUGAGGUCUCCAAGAGGACGAUCAACCUGAUGGACCAGUCUGGUAAACUGGUGGAUGUCACCCUGUGGGGGGAGGAGGUGAGGACUGGGAGACAGACACUAGCACAGCCAUAUAGACGGUCUAUAUGCGUCUGGACACAAGGGGACAGUCCUGCUGGAUAAAGAGAGGAUGAAACUCAGUUUCUCUCAUGCUAGGUGACAUGCUGUAGCACCUUCAUUAUGUGUGUGUGUGUGUCCGUGUCCUGUCAGCCAGUGCCCCAGGAAGGGUACAGUACACCUCUCUCCUAAUUUGAAAAGGUGUUGUGAGCCAUAUGCCUCCAUGUGUUUGGAAAUGUCUAUUAAGCAGUUUGAAGAGGGAGAGGAGAUUUCAGCAAUGGGCUCUCUCUCUCUCUGUCUCUCUCUGUCUUUGUCUCUGUGUGUGUGUGUGUGUGUGUGUUUAAUAGAAGCUGAUGUGGUUGAAGUCACUGAGUAAAUACCAUGUCACAGUUUGAUGAAGGAACCCAGCUCCCGCAGUUGAUUUUAUACGUGGCUCAGUGGGGCUAUGCUUAGUUUGCCACCAUUUCUUUCACUCUGACAACUACAGCACAAUGUUCCCUCUGUUUGUUCUGCAGAUAUCCCCAAUCUAGGGGGACUUGCGGAGGUACACAACAUGUAUAGUUUAUAAAGAACAAGCUUUAGUAAAUACAGAAUUGCAUGAAUUUUUUCCCCACUUUUUUCCCCUUCUCCGCCAGUGCUGAUGCACAACAUGUCCAAAAGUAUGUGGACACCUGCUUGUCGAACAGCUCAUUCCAAAAUCAUGGGCAUUAAUAUGGAGUUCGUCCCCUCUAUAACAGCCUCCACUCUUCUGGGAAGGCUUUCCACUAAAUGUUGUAACAUUGCUGCGCGGACUUGCUUCCAUUCAGCCACGAGCAUUAGUGAGGUCAAGUUCUACCACACCGAUCUUGACGAACAAUUUCUGUAUGGACCUCGCUUUGUGCACGGGGGCAUUGUCAUGGUGAAACAGGAAAGGGCCUUCCCCAAAAUGUUGCCACAAAAUUGGAGGCACAGAAUCGUCUAGAAUAUCAUUGUAUGCUGUAACAUUAAGAUAUCCCUUCACUGGAACUAAGGGGUCUAGCCCGAACCAUGAAAAACAGCCCCAUACCAUUAUUCCUCCUCCACCAAACUUUACAGUUGACACUCUGCGUUGGGGCAGGUAGUGUUCUCCUGGCAUCUACCAAACCCAGAUUCGUCCGUAGGACUGCCAGAUGGUGAAGCGUGAUUCAUCACUCCAGAGAAUGUGUUUCCACUCCAGAGAACGCAAGCUUUACACCACUCCAGCCGACGCUUGGCAUUGCGCAUGGUGGUCUUAGGCUUUUGUGCGGCUGCUCAGCCAUGGAGACCCAUUUCAUAGGCCGUCAUUGUAAAUAUGAAUUUGUUCUUAACUGACUUGACUAGUUAAAUAAAGGUUAAAUAAAAAAUAUACAAAAUAAAUGAAGCUCCCGGCGAACAGUUCUUGUGCUGACGUUGCUUUUAGAGGAACUCGGUAGUGAGUGUUGCAACCGAGGACAGACUAUUUUUACGCGCUUCAGCACUUGCCGGUCUCGUUCUGUGAGCUUGUGUGGCCUACCACUUUGUGGAUGAGCCGUUGUUGCGCCUAGACGUUUCCACUUCACAAAACAGCAUUUACAGUUGACCGGGGCAGCUCUAGCAGGGCAGAAAUUUGACGAACUGACUUGUUGGAAAGGUGGCAUCCUAUGACGGUGCCACGUUGAAAGUCACUGAGCUCUUCAGUAAGACCAUUCUACUGCCAAUGUUUGUCUAUGGAGAUUGCAUGCUGUGUGCUCUAUUUUAUACACCUGUCAGCUACUGGUAUGGCUUAAAUAGCCGAAUCCACUAAUUUGAAGGGGUGCCCACAUACAUUUGGCCAUGUAGUGUAGUUUUGCACAUAAAGUGUAUAUCGUUGGAAAUCCUCAGUCAACCUAUCUGUUCUAUUUGCAGGCAGAGAACUUUGAUGGCUCUGGGCAGCCCAUCCUGGCCAUCAAAGGGGCCAAGCUGUCGGACUAUGGGGGCAGAUCUCUGUCUGCUUCGUUCAGCAGCACCAUCAUGGUCAACCCCGACAUCCCUGAGGCAUACAAGCUGCGGGGCUGGUAAGUGUCUGUCUAAAGGCCUCUGUGACUGUGUUAUGCAAGAACAGCCUGGGUAUGUAUGGUGCUGCUAUUAGGUCAUAUUUUGGGUUCGAAGACCUAGAGCGAAUCUCUCACAUCCUCUGCUCCACCGUUGAGAGAAUUCUAAAGGAUUUAAAGGAAUUUGAAUGCAAAUAUCAGAUCCCCAAACUCUGAGAGGGUGCGUGCUCCGUCUUGUAUCAUUAAAAUUAGCCUACCUCCAUUAGUGAAGAUGUGGAGGGGUUACUUCAGUGAAGCGUUACAUAUGAAUGCAAAUCAUUCUUAAUCUGCGGAAAAUGUAUUUUUUCUCCUUCUUAUCUGCCCUUCAAAAGAAGCCACAAAUAACGGGUGCACUGGAGACCAGAAGUGACGUGCACAAAUUUGUCUUUGAUUGUGGUGAUGGGAGCAUUUGUGUUUUGAUCACGUUGACGGGGCAGAACAUAAAUAUUUUAUUUCAUAUUAAUGACAAUAACAACUACAUUGAACAAAUAUUUGGAAGUAACCCUAAAGCCUAUAUUUGGAGUUAAAUCUAAAGCCUAUAUUAUAUUGGAACAAAUAUAAUGAAUGUAGGCCCAAAUUUAGUUUGUAUGUGAGAGUAGUUAUUUAGGGAAAGAGGUAGUUGGUAGCACAUCCACAUGCAGUGGUUUAAGAUGGCAGACAGAGGAACAGGCCCAUGUGUUAUCCCUUGAAGACCCCAUCUAUUGGCUGCUCCAGCAAAGCAAUGGGAAAACAGUUACUGUGACUCAUGCUUUCAUCUUUUCUUUGCGUUCUCUUGCCAAUUCCCGUUAUUCAUUACCUAAAUAAUGUUAUUCACUGUGUACCAUAUCCCAAAAUAAAUACUCAGCUUUUCCAAUCCCAUAUCUAGUUGGGAAGCUAGGCAGCAGUUUAGUUUUUAAGUUGAUAUCAAAGCCGUGUCUUGUCAAUGGCAGGGUGGAAGCAUAAAAUAGAAUAUUGUAAUUCAAUGGGUAGAAGCAGGGUUGGAAAGAUAGUUGGAUAGAUGUGUAUGGUGGAAGGAAGGGGGGAUUGAUGGAGGAGGCGGGGUCUUCACAGGGACUUUAGGGACAGUCAUUGCUUCUAUUUAACCUUCACCUCAGCUCUCUGACACCUUAAUUGAUCUGUCCCUCCAUCUUCUAGAUCCCCUCCUCUCCUUCUCCUCUCCCGCUCCACUCUGACACAGCCAAGGCCUCCCAGUCUGAAAUUGAAGGCAAAAUGUCUCAAAAGUGGAGAUCCAAUCGAUUCUCACCGAAGGUGCUUUAUUUUGUUUACCUUCAAACAGCAACACCGGCCCCACACUCCACAGGGAAAUAAGAUGAAAGGAGGCUGAGGAAUGAAAGGGAAGGAGACCCAAUAACAAUUCCAAAUUAUAUUCUGCACGUCCUGUGCGUCUUGACAAGUGCUCAAAUUCCACUUCCCUGUGCCUUGAAAAAAAGUUGGGCCGCUGUAAUUAUUUUUGAGCGCAUCAGAAGCCUUGAUCUGCAUAAUGAGAGCGGUGAAAUGUGACUACAUAGCGGGAGGGAGAGCGGGGUGGCAAGUCAACAAAAUAUGCUCAUAUCUGCCACUUCACUGUGUGUCUGGGCUGUGGUGAUUUCUGAUCACAGCUUUAUCUCUCCCUCACGACUAACCUUUGAAAGGUUGUUGUUUGGUCACUGGAUCUCAGACGUUUCUUGGAAACAGUUUUGGUCUGUGAUGCUAUUUGUUUUUAUAAUAUGCUAAACAUCCUGUCCUACAAACCAUUAAAGGACUGAACUUUACAGAAUUAGGACCAGUUGGGUAUUUGAAUGAUAUUUGGCCAUUGCAAAGAGGUUAUUCCCCAAACAUAAUGUGGUAGUAGUAUUACAUGCUGCUUCCUAUUCAAGAGAAUUCUCUACCAUUGUCUGAGUGGUAGCCUGCCUCAAGCAUUUUGUAUAAAAUUGUAUAGCUUGUUUAUCAAUAUGGCAUUGGAUAAUGAUGUAGAUGUAGUGGAGAGACUUCACGUGAAUCUUCCGUCUGCUUACUUCAACAACGCAGGUGUUCCACUUCCUGCCCUCUGAGCUGUGGGAGCUUCCUUCACUUUCUCGGAUGUGUCUCAAAUGACACCCUAUUCCCUAUAUAGUGCACUACUUUUGACCAGAGCCUUAUGGGCCCUGGUCGAAAGUAGUGUACUACAUAGGGAAUAGGGUGCCAUUUGGGAUGCAGAUGCAGCCACUCCAGUCCCUUCUCACAUGGACAGCCAGAGAUAACGAGCCUAAGCAUUGAUGUGUUUUCCAGUGUAGAGCCUAGCUGCUGUGGGAUGAUGCAGGUCCUCAAGGACCAGUGUGCUCCUGCAGGUUCGCAGGCAUCCAUCAAUUAGGCGAACAGUUCAGAGGUUGCUGAUAUGAGUCCUGACCUCAGCCAUUAGUCUCUCAGACAUAGUGGUGGACUAAGUCCUAUAUAACACUUCUGUUCUGCGUGUGGCAGUGACCCAACCAGCACAUUGGGCUACAUGUUAUGAUAUUAUUUUUGGAUUAUAUUAUACUUAACAAAAAUAGAAACGCAACAUGUAAAGUGUUGGUCCCAGUUUUCAUGAGCUGAAAUAAAAGAUACCAGACAUUCUCCAUAAGCACAAAAAGCUUAUUUCUCUCAAAUUUUGUGCACAACAUUGUUUACAACCCUGUUAGUGAGCAUUUCUCCUUUGCCAAGAUAAUCCAUCCACCGGAAUAUCAAGAUGCUGAUUAAACAGCAUGAUCAUUACACAGGUAAAAGGCCACUCUAAAAUGUGCAGUUUUGUCACACAACACAAUGCCACGGAUGUCUCAAGUUUUGAGGGAGUGUGCAAUUGGCAUGCUGACUGCAGGAAUGUCCAACAGAGCUGUUGCCAGAGAAUGUAAUGUUCAUUUCUCGACCAUAAGCCACCUCCAAUGUCGUUUUAGUGAAUUUGGCAGUACAUCCAACCGGCCUUACAACCUCAGACAACGUGUAACCACGCCAGCCCAGGACCUCCGCAUCUGGCUUCUUCACCUGCGGGUUUGUCUGAGGAGUGGUGCUGAGGAGUAUUUCUGUCUGUAAUAAAUUCUAAUUGGUUUGGUCUGGCUCCCCAGUGGGUGGGUCUAUGCCCUCCCCAUGCCCACCCAUGGCUGCGCCCCUGCCCAGUUAUGUGAAAUCCAUAGAUUAGGGUCUAAUUCAUUUGUUUAAAUUGACUGAUCAGUAAAAUCUUUAGAAAUGGCAUGUAUAUUUUUGUUCAGUGUAUAUAUCAAUUGACUCAAAGUAUAGAUUUUUUGGCUACGGUAGGUAGCAUUAGCUAGCGCUAGUCUGCUGUACCUGCACCAAAACUCCAGUAUUUUCCUUCAUAGCUUGUUCUCAAUCUUCAUUUCAAAUAUUGAGCCAACAUGUUUUCAGCACUUUUUUAUUUCCCUGACUGAACAAAACAAAUGUUCUUAUUCUCUCUUGUCUCUCUGCAGCAGACAUAUAGUGAGCAAUAUGUUUGGGACCUCAAAUCGCAAUAAAAUCGCAGAAUUGAAUCGCGAUACAUAGAUUAUCGUGAGAAUCGCAGUGUAUAGUGUAUCGGCACCUAAGUAUUGUUAUAAUAUCGUAUCGUGAGGUUCCUGGCAAUUCCCAGCCCUACAUGAUGGUCUACUGUCUAAGGAUGGAAUAGACUCACAUAUUGUAAGGAAGUAAAAUGUUGUACUGAGAACAGAAAUGUAUUUUUUAUUUUCAAGUAGUACAGAGCAAUAUGUUGAUUUAAAACUAGGUUAGUAGUGAAUGAUUUAGUGAUUUAGGCAUAGCACAUCAGUGCUUGUUGAAUACUUUCAGUACUCUGGGAGAAAAGGAUGUUGAUCAUCAGUGAGCCAUGCUUUCAGCAGUCUGCAUCUGCAUCCCAAAUUUCACCCUAUUCCAAAUAUAGUGGUCCAUAGGGCUCUGCUCAAAAGUAGUGCACUCUGGAAUAAGAUUCCAUUUGGGAUGUAACCGAUCUGUCCACAAAUGAAGAGGCCUUUUAUGUGAACGUUUCAUCUUGCAAGCAUAGAAAACCCAGAGCUUUUUACAACUGAAAAACGAAGGCGAGCUCUGUGAGCCUUCUGUCAGAGCCAAGCUCUUGAAAAACAUCAUUUUGCAAAGUGUAGGUGUCUUAAUUCGAUCAUUUUUGCUGCAGACUCUUGGGAUUUCCGUAAGUAUUUAUCCUACCCGAGUAAGCUGUUGACUGAAACCCAUGCAGUGGAUCAGUGGUUCCGCUCAGCCUAUCCCUGUGUGUGCUGGACUGAAAAAACAGCGCUCUCCCUUUAAUGCCAGACUAAUUAAUCUUAUGGAGAGAAAGUGUUUAAUUUCCUCAAACAAGAAUGCCGCACUACGCAGUAAUUAUCUUGAGCCCUGAUUUGGUUCUGAGCUCCAUAAUAAUAUAUAUUAUAUGAACCCUUCUUGACUUUGAAAUAGACUUCUACAGAUUGUCAUGAAAUCUGUGUUCUUUUUGGGGGAGAAUUGGGAAUAUGAACUACUGUGCAUGAAAGAAACAUGGAUUUGUCUUUAUGGAGAGCAUCACAUUUCUGUGGUGCUGCAGUAAAUUAGGGCACAGUCUUGGCCCCUUGCAUAAUUUAAAGGCUUAAAGAUUAAUUUAGCUAGAUUAAUGAAAAGGUUCCUUACUCAACUGGUGCUGCAUUUUCCUCGGCUUUCUGUAACUUUGGUACAUGCUCAUUUGCUGCCUUCAUUAUUUAGGCAUUUAAAAGAUGCUUAACCAUAAUUUAUUUACCUUAUCAUAAAGCACAUCUACUUAAUUAUAGCUUAGUCUAGUCAAUUACCCUGCUCUUCCCCAGUAUCAAGUAACAUACCCAGAAAAUGCCUGCCUGCUCAGUUGCUAUUUGGGAGGAUUUAGAUAAAAUCCACAUACAAUCUAAUUUGUUUCUCUAAUUUUGUGCUAAUUUGUUUCAUAACCAAACCUGAACGUGAAAUGUUUCCCUACUGAUCCGUCCGGUGCAUACAGUAGCAGCCUUUGUCCAUUAGAUGGCAUCAUCACAGACACAUCUGGAGUGACUCCUGUCCUCCCUUUCCAGCUCUCUCACUCUCGUAGCUGACUGGACAACUGUCUGUCACUCAGUCUUCUUGUCAUUCUUCCCCUUCUUGACACAUCCUCUUGUUGUUGUCCUCAGUCCUAUUGCCGUUGCUCACUUAGUAACACUUGGCCACUCACUCUUUCUGUUUGGUGGUGUUCUCCUGCAGUCCUCCUCACUGAGUCAUCUGAUCUCCCUUACACACACCACAGACAGACAGGAUGCGUCCCGUGUAGCUCAGUUGGUAGAGCAUGGCGUUUGCAACGCCAGGGUUGUGGGUUCGAUUCCGACGGGGGGCCAGUAUGAAAAAUGUAUGCACUCACUAACUGUAAGUUGCUCUGGAUAAGAGCGUCUGCUAAAUGACAAAAAGGUAAAUGUCCCAAAUGGCACCCUAUUCCCUUUAUAGUCCACUACUUUUGACCAGAGUUCUAUGGGCCCUUGUCAAAAGUAGUGCACUAUAUAGGGAAUAGGGUGCCAUCUGGUAUGUGGACACACUGUUACCCACUAGUGAAGCUGCUCUGCUCACAGCAAAAAUAUAUUUGUCCUUGGCACUUGUUACCUCAAUGAAGCUGGAAGUGUGAUGUUGCUGUUCAGUAGUUCUGCCUUGAUUGUGCUGCUGUCAACUACUUUAUUUCUCUCAUUUAUUCCGACUGAGUCUCAGUGCUCCAACAUAACAAUUCAUAUUUUUUAACUAAACAAGUAGCUUAACUACAGUGGGGGUAAAAAAGUAUUUAGUCAGCCACCAAUUGUGCAAGUUCUCCCACUUAAAAAGAUGAGAGAGGCCUGUAAUUGUCAUCAUAGGUACACGUCAACUAUGACAGACAAAAUGAGGGGGAAGAAAUCCAGAAGAUCACAUUGUAGGAUUUUUUAUGAAUUUAUUUGCAAAUUAUGGUGGAAAAUAAGUAUUUGGUCAAUAACAAAAGUUUCUCAAUACUUUGUUAUAUACCCUUUGUUGGCAAUGACACAGGUCAAACGUUUUCUGUAAGUCUUCACAAGGUUUUCACACACUGUUGCUGGUAUUUUGGCCCAUUCCUCCAUGCAGAUCUCCUCUAGAGCAGUAAUGUUUUGGGGCUGUCGCUGGGCAACACGGACUUUCAACUCCCUCCAAAGAUUUUCUAUGGGGUUGAGAUCUGGAGACUGGCUAGGCCACUCCAGGACCUUGAAAUGCUUCUUACGAAGCCACUCCUUCGUUUCCCGGGCGGUGUGUUUGGGAUCAUUGUCAUGCUGAAAGACCCAGCCACGUUUCAUCUUCAAUGCCCUUGCUGAUGGAAGGAGGUUUUCACUCAAAAUCUCACGAUACAUGGCCCCAUUCAUUCUUUCCUUUACACGGAUCAGUCAUCCUGGUCCCUUUGCAGAAAAACUGCCCCAAAGCAUGAUGUUUCCACCCCCAUGCUUCACAGUAGGUAUGGUGUUCUUUGGAUGCAACUCAGCAUUCUUUGUCCUCCAAACACGACGAGUUGAGUUUUUACCAAAAAGUUAUAUUUUGGUUUCAUCUGACCAUAUGACAUUCUCCCAAUCCUCUUCUGGAUCAUCCAAAUGCACUCUAGCAAACUUCAGACGGGCCUGGACAUGUACUGGCUUAAGCAGGGGGACACGUCUGGCACUGCAGGAUUUGAGUCCCUGGCGGCGUAGUGUGUUACUGAUGGUAGGCUUUGUUACUUUGGUCCCAGCUCUCUGCAGGUCAUUCACUAGGUCCCCCCGUGUGGUUCUGGGAUUUUUGCUCACCGUUCUUGUGAUCAUUUUGACCUCACGGGGUGAGAUCUUGCGUGGAGCCCCAGAUUGAGGGAGAUUAUCAGUGGUCUUGUAUGUCUUCCAUUUCCUAAUAAUUGCUCCCACAGUUGAUUUCUUCAAACCAAGCUGCUUACCUAUUGCAGAUUCAGUCUUCCCAGCCUGGUGCAGGUCUACCAUUUUGUUUCUGGUGUCCUUUGACAGCUCUUUGGUCUUGGCCAUAGUGGAGUUUGGAGUGUGACUGUUUGAGGUUGUGGACAGGUGUCUUUUAUACUGAUAACAAGUUCAAACAGGUGCCAUUAAUACAGGUAACGAGUGGAGGACAGAGGAGCCUCUUAAAGAAGAAGUUACAGGUCUGUGAGAGCCAGAAAUCUUGCUUGUUUGUAGGUGACCAAAUACUUAUUUUCCACCAUAAUUUGCAAAUAAAUUCAUAAAAAAUCCUACAAUGUGAUUUUCGGGAGAAAAAAAAAUCUCAAUUUGUCUGUCAUAGUUGACGUGUACCUAUGAUGAAAAUUACAGGCCUCUCUCAUCUUUUUAAGUGGGAGAACUUGCACAAUUGGUGGCUGACUAAAUACUUUUUUCCCCCACUGUAUGUGGCUAUGCUACUUGAUCUCUCUCCUCUUAUUCCCUCUUUCUCUUGUUGUCAGUGGUUUGUCCCAGCUUAGUUCCCCCCUGGCGCAUGCUUAAUCCGUUUUAUGAUUCAGACAAUUUGGAAAUGUUAUGUUGGAAUAGAAUACAUAGUCACAUUUACAACCACGUACCCAUUUGAAAAUUACCUCAUGUACUGAAUCAUUCAACUUCACCUCUACAGUGAUUGAGUGCUUGAGCCGACCUCAUGGAUGACUAAUCAUAUUUGUUGUAUGUUGUCCGCCAGUCAGAAACGCACCGUGAGAGCCAUAGCUGGAGGCAGGGAAGGAAAAGAACUGUGCUUCCAGAAGGGUUCCUGUCAUGCUUAGCUGCUUUUUCUCCUUCCCUCUGUCACAUGCUCUCUGUCAUGUUGCCCUGCCAUCCUGUCCUGCCUGUCCUGUCCUGUACUUGGCCUUAUGGCUCGUCGUGACGGGGUGCCAUGCUAUGCACAUGAAUCUGUUAUUUUCCCUUCUCUUCUUCUAGUUGUUGUCGCUCUCUUCCAGUCGGUUAGUCUCACUUCGUCCACGCUCGGAGCAUCUCCCUGCUUCUCUCAGACCACUGUUGCACAUCUUCUGCCAGCUCCAAUUUGUCCUCCUUUUUGUCUCCUUCAUCAAGCCCACUGACUUACUGUACCCUGCCUGUUGUAGUGCUUUCCUACAGAACACUCUUCUGUUUGUCUGCCUUUACAGUCUGCAUUACAUCGUCUCCUGGGUAUCUUGUUUAGCAUUUUGUUCAUCAUUUGUAACUCUGUCAAAAAUAACAUUUUGAGAAAUCAGAUAUACAUUAAUGAUCAUCUGCUUACCUACCAGGAGUCAGCCCUGUCUGGAUCUGAAAACACCAUUCCUUUCAUUCUAUUCCAGCCUAUUUCUCUUGGCGAAAACACCAGCAGCUUUAUGAAAGGAGUUGUUAAUCAGAAACAAAUAAGUAUUUUCAGGUGGAUUUCAGAACUAGGUUGACGUUGUUUUUAAUGCAUCAUCAGCCUGGUGUUUUUGUUCAGACCCCCUAUCUGUACGAACACCAGUAGAAUUAUAACAAAGUAGGGAUGCUAGUGCAGAGAUGAGGGAAUAGGUGCCACAGGAAAUAAUUACACACAUUCUUCAGUGGAGGGGAAAUUGGCAGAGGCCAUAGUGGCCGGGCCUCAUGCUCGCAGGCCAUUAAUGGGGAUAUUUUCAAUUAGUCAUGCUUCUAAGAGCAAGGUCCGGCUCCCUGUAUUUACAGCCCCCCCCCCCCCCCACAGCACUACACAAUACCUCCUAGCAAUAGAUUAGUAAGCGCUAUUGAUCUCUUGCACCAUUCCAACCUGUGUUUUAUUGUUUUUCCCUCUUUACCUCUCCCCCCUCCUCCCUGUCCCCUCCCCCCACUCUCCAUCCCUCUCUUCUCCCUCCUUCCCCCUUGUCUUGUGUGAAUCACCUGGAGGUAACGCUGAGUGAAAAUUGGUUUCUGAUUCCCCUAUCACUGCUGUUGAUUCGUUUCACUGCCACUCUCUCUGCCACUCAGCCUGCUUUGCUCUCAGCACAGACUAUUUCUGCAUCCCAAAUGGCACCAUAUUCCUUAUUUAGUGCACUAUAUAGGGAAUAGUGCCAUUUUAGGACGCAACCUAACUCAGCUUUGUCAAACAGGGAUGGCUAUGUUGUCCAGGAUGGGUUUUAUUAACCACUACUAGACAACAGACAACUCGCUAGGCUACAAGACGCUAGGCUACAAGACAGUGGUCUACAAGACACCUCUAUGUAUUACACUUUGUCUUCUCUUCUAUUGUGAUUGAUGGGGUUGUUUCUGCAGUGACAUGUUUGUGGUUUUAGGCUGGGUUUCUGUAUAGCACUUUGUGAUAUCUGCUGAUGUAAAAAGGGCUUUAUAAAUUAAUUAGAUUGGAUGUUAACUAAAGGUUUGUGUGUUUUGUCCGUGUCCGUCCAGGUAUGACAAGGAGGGACACUCUAUGGAUGGCCAGUCUCUGACGGAGGCGAGGACGGUAGGAGGAGGAGGAGGGAACACCAACUGGAAGACCCUGACUGACAUCAAGACCGAGCACCUCGGACACGGAGACAAGGUUUGUUGCGCACACACACCCACACACUCACACAAACAUACUUUUAUGUAGACAAACACAUGUACAUCAAACAUUCUAAAAUAUAAUAAGGUCCUACAUAUUGCUUUUCUUUGUUGACUUGAUUCAAAGCAAGAAUAUUCAAGGACAAACUGAAAGACAGUAUUGAAUGCAAGCGAUCACUUUUUUGAAAGUGUUCCCUACAUAGUGCACUACUUUAGGUCAGGGCCAAAUGGCACCCUAUUCCAUAUGGGACCUGGUCAAAAGUAGUGCACUAUAUAGGGAAUAGGGUGCCAUUUGGGAUGCAACCCUACGGUAUUCUGAUAUUCUCCCUCUCAUUAAUCACCAACAUAGUAUGUGUCCUCUGCUGCCCUCUCCCUACCUAGGUAUAUGCUUAAUGUGAAGUCACAUUUAUCUCCCAUAUUGAUUGUGAAGAGAAGAGGGGCGCCGUUCUUUCAGCUUGGUAAUGAAGUGGUUGCGCUCAGAUAAAUCAAGUAAUAAAUGGCUUGUAAUUCCAGCUUAUUAUUUACAUUUUAUGGUAUGGAGGAAAGGUGGAUAAUUCAUCUCCGAUUAUGGAAACUGAUAUGUCCUCUAAUAUUUGUAAUAUAAACUAACUAUACUAAUAAAUCCUGGGCCUUGGUUUUUAACCUCCGUAUUGGAAUAAGGAGGAGGGAUGAGAUUAUUUUAAUUAGGUUUAUUUGACUGACGUCUGAGGAGAGUCCUUGGGUUAGAACAGCACUGGGAGAGAGGCGAGGAUGGAGAGGGGGAGAAUGGGGGUAGCUCCAAGUCCAGGGUACACUGAGGACUAAGACAGAGGGGAGGGAGGAUAGCGCACAAGCUCAGGACAGAGGGAGGAUGGAACUGGGAGAGAGGGAGGAUGGUACAAAAGCACAGGGUUGACUAAAAGACUCCGGUGGACUCGGGUCAGGUGAAGGAGUGAGGUGUUGGAGAAUGGAUAGAGGGCUUUGGGGUAUAGACAGGUUUGGGUAAAGAGCAUGUGAGGAAAUCUCCUGCCUUAGCAAACAGAGGGGAAAAUGAGGCAUGUUCCAAGGCCUAGAUAAAUAAUAGAAGAGCAACACUUGACUGAAGUCCUCUAUUUGUGGCUAAAUCCCUACCUGUUUGUGUGUGUGGAGGAUGUUGAGGAAUUGUUGUGGUGAUUGGCUCAGUGGCUGGCUGGGCUUUAGUAGUGUUGCUCCUGGCUCUCUGUGAUCUAGCCCUGGUUCUGCUGCUCUCUGUGAUCUAGUCCUGGUUCUGCUGCUCUCUGUGAUCUAGCCCUGGUUCUGCUGCUCUCUGUGAUCUAGCCCUGGUUCUGCUGCUCUCUGUGAUCUAGUCCUGGUUCUGCUGCUCUCUGUGAUCUAGCCCUGGUUCUGCUGCUCUCUGUGAUCUAGUCCUGGUUCUGCUGCUCUCUGUGAUCUAGCCCUGGUUCUGCUGCUCUCUGUGAUCUAGUCCUGGUUCUGCUGCUCUCUGUGAUCUAGCCCUGGUUCUGCUGCUCUCUGUGAUCUAGCCCUGGUUCUGCUGCUCUCUGUGAUCUAGUCCUGGUUCUGCUGCUCUCUGUGAUCUAGCCCUGGUUCUGCUGCUCUCUGUGAUCUAGCCCUGGUUCUGCUGCUCUCUGUGAUCUAGCCCUGGUUCUGCUGCUCUCUCGCUCAUCUGCACUGCACCUCUCCAGGGCCUGGUGUCACCAAGCCUCAGUAUAGCGCUCUUAUUGUUAUCCUUAUGCCCCUCACAUUGAAGAGUGUAUGGACACUAUAUAGGCUAACCAGUUACUUGACACUCCCCUCACAUUGUAAAGUAGACUAUAUGUUACAUGCACACAGUAAUGACAUUAUUGUGGUGAUUAAUAUAAAAAUGUUUUUAUGCAAGAAGAACGAUUUCCCUAAUAAUCCUGUUUACAUGGACAUAUCUGACAUCAGGAUACCUGAUGGGACUCUUGAUAAAUACAGAAAAUUAUACCACAGUGACCAUGUUAUUUUUGCGACAUCUUUUUGAUUCAGAGUUCAGACAUAUACAUUUUGUAUGUGAAAACUAUUUAUAAGAUGCAUACUUUUCUGAACUCACUUCACUCGCACAUAAGAGGGAGGCUUGCACUACCUGUGGUGGCACAUGUGCAGAUCAAAUACAACGCUGGAACACCGAUUUAAGCUGUUUACAUGUCCUAAUAAUUUGAAAGAUUACUCAGAAAACCAGGUGUUCUAAUCGCUGUAUGCUUACUUUGAUUUUGGCCAUUCGCCGAUUUUUAAGAUGAGCAGCUUAAGGUGUUUAUAUGACUAUUUCAAUACUCGGCCUACUGCCAUAAUCAGUUUAAUAUAUAAUUAUUAGUGUGCACGUAAACAUAUUCACUGUCUCAUUGUAGAGUAGGCUGUUGGCACUAUUUAUGCUAACCAGUAUUAGCAUUGCUGAUUCACGAGUUCCCUUGACCUUCACUAGAGUCGUCCAGACUAUCCAUUAGCCUCCUGUUGGGUUAAGGAGCUUUCCCCUGGCGUUAGGUUGUGGUACUAGAGGAGGAGAGAGGAAGGGAGAGGUGUGACCCAGGGCUGUAGUUUAGCCUGUAGUGUCUGUGUGUGUGAUGAGGAGCUGACUCAAGCUCAGUCUGUCCUCUCCUGGUACUCCUCCUGCUCAGCCCGUGGAGACACGGGGUCACAAGGUCGGCCCUCUGAAGGCCCUUCGCAAGUCAGCGGCAAUUAAUUGUCCCUGUCACAAAGUCUCGGUCACAAUCUCAAAUUUGCCCUCUCGACAGCGAAUAGCUAACCCCGUCCACAGCCCGCUCCCUUCUGAUGGCUUGACACUGCCUGUGUAUGUAAAGCCUUGUGACAGAGACUGGAGAAAAAAAUGUUCAGCGGUCUCAUCUCUCUCUGUGGUGAGUGACUCAUUAAUUGCAGAGGUAUUAACUUGAUUCAUUAGUGCUCUUUGGGGAAGCUGCAGUGCGGAAAGGAAGAAGGAGGUGUUUGUUAAAACAACUGUAGUUUUAAAGGCAGAUUCCAUGCGUUGAAAAGGGAGAGAUUUUCUCUAAUUUGGCCACUGUCAUUGAUUACUCCCCAAAGGUUUUUUAGUUUGAAGUGACAUAGAAUAUCAAUUGUCCUUCUGUGCAACUUAAUUGGGGUUGAAUCCCUUAGGCAUACUGGCAGAGUGGCCAGCAGUUAGCCUAUGGAGAGAGCGAGAGGGGGAAAUAAAUCUAUUACGGCCAAUGCUGCGGAAACGUUCCGUUUUGUUUUUCUAUUGAUUUCCUUCAAAAACUGGAGGUUAAGACUUUGCCUGGGGCCUCCAUCUAGAUUGUGAACCAUAGAGGGAAAGAAUAAACUCCUGCAUGCAGAAUUCUCAAUGAAGUGCACCAUGCAGAAAUGUCCUGUUUCCUGUCCCCUGCUUUCCUUUCCGUACGCCAGGCAAUGUUCCCCUCCAUGAAUAUGAGUCAGGAUGUCCAGGUUAUUAAAAUUCCCCCAUUGUAAUUCUACUGUAGGUCUUUAUUGUGUAAGGAAGUGUUAUGAUUUUUUUUUAAAGAGCACACACUCUUUUGUCCUCUGGAUGAAUCCUAAUGACUGACUGAUGAAGGCUCUUGGCCUCAGAGGUUCUCCUGUGUGUGUUUACAUAAUGAGAUAUUACCAUGUGGUAUUGCCAAUAGGCCCUGGUCGAAAGUAGUGUACUAUAUAGGGAAUAGGGCGCUAUUUGGGAUACAGACGGUGUUAAGGCGUGGAGGUGUCUGCUCCUCUCACUCCCCCUCAUCGUGAGCCGUGACCCUGUUCUCACCCCACUGUGCCUCUGUCACCUCUCUGUCCCAAUGGCCACAUGCAGGAGUGGUGACGAGCAGUAGGCGGGGGGCUAACACAGAUGGAGGGAGAGCGGGAUAAGCGAGGGAGAGCGAGAUGUUACAAAACAAUAAUCAUUUGAGGCGUGACUGUGACACAGACCUGUCCGGGGCAGCAGGCAGCAAGGCGUAUGAAGUGGUGGGUAGUGGGUGGGGGUACAGAAACAGAAAGGGAUCUCUACAACGUGUCGAUAGAACGAGAGGUGACGUGCCUCAUCUCCAACCAGAGCUUGCUGCUCUCCGACAGGCUAGGAAAUAUUCUAAAAGGCUGUUUAUGUAUAUGGGGGUUAUAAACUUUGCAUAUACCACCAUAAAAAAGAUGAGGCUGCCUGCCAUUUGCUGUUUUUCAUUUGUGUUUGGAGCUAUGCUAUGCAGAUUGCGGUUGGAUUGUGAUUUUUGCAUCCCACUGCAAUAAUGUUUCUCUUUAAUACAGUUUGAAUAUUCUAGUUGAUGUCCUCUCAGAUCUGUUCUUUAUGCCUCUCAGUUGAUAGUUCUGCGCCGUGUAAUGGCAUCAACCUUAUGUAGAAAUCAUGGACCAAGCCUGCACAUGUGGCCCAUUUACAAUAUGGCCUGCCACAAAAUAUCUACUUUCAAAACGAUUGACUGAAGAAUUCUCAGUUAUGUUGUGUGUUUGACUGUUUGUGUCCAGGCGGACUACUUCAGCUGCAUGUAUAGCAAUAUGGUAAUUCCACAAAACAUCUGGUGUACACAUUUUAAAACGACUAAGAAGUAUGCUCAGUAAUGUUGUAUGUGUUUUGUUUGUCCAGGCGGACUACUUCAGCUGCAUAUAUGGCAUAUAGAAUACGGUCUUCCACAAAAUAGUGCUUUUCAAAACACUUGACAGAAGUACUGUGCCUUGCAAAAGUAUUCAUUCCCCUUGGUGUUUUUCCUAUUUUGUUGCAUUACAACCUGUCAUUUUAAUGGAUUUUUUUGGGGAUUUCAUGUAAUGGACAUACACAAAAUAGUCCAAAUUGGUGAAGUGAAAUUAUAAAAAUUACUUGUUUCAAAAAAUUCUAAAAAAUAAAUAACGGAAAAGUGGUGCGUGCAUAUGUAUUCUCCCCCUUUGCUAUGAAGCCCCUAAAUAAGAUCUGGUGCAACCAAUUACCUUCAGAAGUCACAUAAUUAGUUAAAGUCCACCUGUGCGCAAUCUAAGUGUCACAUGAUCUGUCACAUGAUCUCAGUAUAUAUACACCUGUUCUGAAAGGCCCCAGAGUCUGCAACACAACUAAGCAAAGGGCACCACCAAGCAAGCGGCACCAUGAAGACCAAGGAGCUCUCCAAACAGGUCAGGGACAAAGUUAUGGAAAAGUACAGAUCAGGGUUGGGUUAUAAAAAAAUAUCAGAAACUUUGAACAUCCCACGGAGCACCAUUAAAUCCAUAAUUAAAAAAUGGAAAGAAUAUGGCACCACAAAAAACCUGCCAAGAGAUGGCCGCCCACCAAAACUCACGGACCAGGCAAGGAGGGCAUUAAUCAGAGAGGCAACAAAGAGACCAAAGAUAACCCUGAAGGAGCUGCAAAGCUCCACAGCAGAGAUUGGAGUAUCUGUCCAUAGGACCACUUUAAGCCGUACACUCCACAGAGCUGGGCUUUACGGAAGAGUGGCCAGAAAAAAGCCAUAGCUUAAAGAAAAAAAUAAGCAGGAAGAAUGUACUCUGGUCAGAUGAGACUAAAAUUGAGCUUUUUGGCCAUCAAGGAAAACGCUAUGUCUGGCGCAAAUCCAACACCUCUCAUCACCCCCAGAACACCAUCCCCACAGUGAAGCAUGGUGGUGGCAGCAUCAUGCUGUGGGGAUGUUUUUCAUCGGCAGGGACUGGGAAACUGGUCAGAAUUGAAGGAAUGAUGGAUGGCGCUAACUACAGGGAAAUUCUUGAGGGAAACCGGUUUCAGUCUUCCAGAGAUUUGAGACUGGGACGGAGGUUCACCUUCCAGCAGGACAAUGACCCUAAGCAUACUGCUAAAUCAACACUCAAGUGGUUUAAGGGGAAACAUUUAAAUGUCUUGGAAUGACCUAGUCAAAGCUCAGACCUCAAUCCAAUUGAGAAUCUGUGGUAUGACUUAAAGAUUGCUGUACACCAGCGGAACCCAUCCAACUUGAAGGAGCUGGAGCAGUUUUGCCUUGAAGAAUGGGCAGAAAUCCCAGUGGCUAGAUGUGCCAAGCUUAUAGAGACAUACCCCAAGAGACUUGCAGCUGUAAUUGCUGCAAAAGGUGGCUCUACAAAGUAUUGACUUUGGGGGAGGGGGUGAAUAGUUAUGCACGCUCAAGUUCUGUUUUUUUGUCUUAUUUCUUGUUUGUUUCACAAUAAAAAAUAUUUUGCAUCUUCAAAGUGGUAGGCAUGUUGUGUAAAUCAAAUGAUACAAACCCCCAGAUAAUCCAUUUUAAUUCCAGGUUGUAAGACAACAAAAUAGGAAUAAUGCCAAGGGGGGUGAAUACUUUCGCAAGCCACUGUAUACUCAGUAAUGUCUGUGUGUGUGUGUCCCUCCAGGCAGACUACUUCAGCUGCAUUGCCACCAUAGUGUACAUCCGUAAGGAGAAUUGUCUGUACCAGGCUUGCCCUAGUCAGGACUGCAAUAAGAAGGUGGUGGACCAACAGAACGGCAUGUUCCGCUGUGAGAAGUGUGACAAAGAGUUCCCAAACUUCAAGUACCGACUCAUCGUCUCUGUGAGUAGCUCUCUCUGUCUGUCUAAGCCCUCUGGCUUUCUGGCUGGAUUCAGUACGCACAGUCACAAAGAGGACACGCACGCACACGCUGCGUCCCAAUCUGCCACCCCAUUCACGCUCACUGUGACAGGGUACCUGCCCUCUCCUGACCCCAUCCCCUGGGCCUCUAUUCAUUCUCUCCUAUCCUCACAGGACUGUGGGGAUGGGGCUGCUGCUGCUGUGGGUGUGGCUGGGGGGUGUCUUCCUCUGGGGGACUUAUCUACUACCUCUCAUUACUCUCUCUCUAGCACGCUCUCUCUCUGGUACGCACACGUUUGCUUUCUGUCUUUGUCCUUCCUUUCAAUCUUGCUCUCUUCACCCCUCCGUUCUUUCGCUCUCUUUCGUGCGUUCUUUCUUUCUCUCCUUUCGCUCUUUUGCUUCUUUCUCCUUCUGGGCUCAGUUUUCCCCUCUUCUCCCAGGACUCCAGCCAGUCUCCCCUAUGGUACUACUUCUCUCACGGUCCUUAACUCUCCCCAUUGGCUCCCUUUACAGUCAUGUUUGAAGAAAAUUCUUAUUUAAGCCCAUUCUGCUCUUGCUGCUGCAAGCGUCAAAUAGUGGCUGGCUAUUUUAGGAUUAAUUUGAUUUGUUUUAUUGGGUGUAAGUCAGGAUUAUGAUGAGUUAAUUGCUCUAUUUUCCCCUCCUGAAUACUGCUGCUCGAUGCUGAGGCAUUUUGUCUCUGCUGGUUAAAAAUAGCAGCAUUAAAAUACUACCUCAUUUAGUCAGCAAAUGAGCUCUUGCAGCCAGACAUCUAAAAUAAGCGGCUUUUCUUUUGUUUUGCGCCUCUCGCCAGUCAGCAUAUUGCUUUUCUCCACAGAGCUGGAACAUGAGCUGUGAAUAUGCUACCAUUGCGCGCAGCUCGCAUCACACAUACACCUUGGCUCUUCUGGUGUUUAAAGUCCCUGCCUGCCAAAUGUAUAGAACAGUAGAGUUCUAUAAUAAUGACUUUCCCAGCAGUAUAAACUUGUGCAAUCGACAAUACAUUGAAUAUUCAGCAGCAACUUGACAUCAUACACAACAAUAAACCAAAGUACCAAAUCCCUGAGAAGCCUACCUUUUUAAUAGACUCUGUUUGCGUUCCAAAUGGCACCCUAUUCCCUAUGUGGUGCACUUCUUUUGACCAGGGCCCAUUGCACUCUGGUCAAAAGUGGCGCUCUAUAAAGGGAAUAGGGUGCCAUUUGUGUUGCAACCUAUGAUCAAUAAAGCCCAGAUGACCUUUCCCUCUCCCUUUGACUUUCCCCAGUACUCACUCCUGCCAUGUGUCUGUCUCUGUUCCUCCUCUCAUCCUGCAGGCCAACAUAGCAGACUACGGGGACAACCAGUGGGUGACCUGCUUCCAGGAAAGUGCUGAAGCCAUCCUGGGACAGAAUGCUGCUUACCUAGGGCAGCUCAAGGACUCGGUGAGCCUUUCUCCCUCCCCCGUCUCCCUCCCCGUCUGCCUGGUUCAAGGCCUGAGGAAAGGGCCUAGGGAGGUGCUGAACCCCAGGCACUGUCUAGCCUGGCCCUGCCAGCCACUAGCACCAGCUACCUCUGCUCUACUCUGCUGUGCCAUGUGGUCUCUGUAGGCCCUCACACAGCCUCUAUAACCCAAGGAUUUCUAUUGAAACAUUUUUUUUGCUCUACAUUAUUCUUUUUUCAUUUUAAUUAGAUGGAAAACGGCUUUGAUUAAAACAAUUGCUUUUUAAUGGAAACAAGCACGUUUUUGAUUGUCAUUAAAAGUUAAACUGAUCCCAUUUUGUUAAUUUUCAUGCAGAAUGAAGCUGCCUUCGAGGAGAUCUUUCAGCAGGCCAACUUCCACACGUUCAUCUUCCGUAACAGAGUCAAGCUGGAGACCUACAAUGUAAGUAUCGCAUGACAGAUAUGGGAUUUUUGGGUCUGAUACAAUACUUAUUUUUGGGGGGCUACACCGGUUCUAAUUUAUUGGCCGAUGCAUUGUUUUUCAAACGUGAGAUUUCAAAAAUCAGUUUUCUGCACAAAUUUCGCUCCAAAUGAAAAACGUCUCUUCAAAGAUACCUUUUGAAUGUUAUUUCUCACAUUUGAAAAACAAACAUAAUUAAAUAAUGUGAAGUGCGACCUGUGAAGUGCAUCGCAGUGCUUUAGGCGUCACUACAGACCCGGGUUCGAUCCCAGGCUGUGUCAUAAAUGUCCGUGACCGGGAGUCCCAUAGAGCGGCGCACAAUUGGCCCAGCGUCGUCUGGGUUUGGCCGGGGGGGCUUUACUUGGCUUAUUGCGCUCUAGCGACUCCUUGUGGCGUUGUGGGUGUUAAGGAGCGCGGUUUGGCGGGUCAUGUUUCGGAGGUUGCAUGACUCGACCUUCGCCUCUCCUGAGCCCGUUGGGGAGUUGCAGCGAUGAGACAAGAUCGUAAUUGGAUCACAAUUGGAUAUAAUGAAAUUGGGGAGAAAAGGGGGGGUAAAAAAUAAAAUUAAAAUAAAGUGCUCAGAUUAGCAUGAUUUUUAAAAAUCAUUUGUCGAUACAUUUUACAUUUACAUUUUAGUUAUUUAGCAGACGCUCUUAUCCAGAGCGACUUACAGUUUAUAGUGAGUGCAUACAUUUUUCAUACUGUGGUGGUUUAGUGGUAUAGUGACCGAUUUGGGGGACACACACACACACGCACACACACACACACAUAAACAAUAUCAGCCGAUUGUAAUAUCAGUCAACCAAUAUAUUGGUCUGGCUCAAAAAAAAAUUCAUAACAGACAUUAGGCUUCGGCAGUAUCCAGUUUGUCAUAUCUUCAUGCCAUACCGGGAUAGUCAGUAAUACAGACACUGAACACAAGGGGCGCUGUCUUCAAACCCCACUAAUACUGUAAUCCGAAGGUUAGCAAUGCUAACAGGUACAUGUGAAAUCCCAUAGAGAAUGCUAACUAAAUGCUAACGAGCACAUUGUGAACAUUUUGUACAGUUUCUGACCUAAACUAUACAAUUAACUCAAAAAUGCUACACAGUUUGCUGCAUGCACAAAACAAAUAUUAGCCAGCAAGGCUCUUGAUUCAGGAAGGAAUUCUCUUCUGUUACCAAGUGAAUGCUUGAUUUUGGAAGAAGCUAAUCACUUAGCUAGAUGGCUAACCAGAUACUAAAUUAGCAAACCAAAUGCACAACUGCAGAGCAUUUAGCACAUUUUAGACAGUUAACUUAAUAGUUAGAAGAUAUCUAGGCUGGCAAACAUUUAGUUGUGAAUUCCAUACUGUAAUUAGAUCACCUGGCGCAUGCUGCACAACAGUGAGUGACUCUCAAGGCUCCGGUCUCUUGUCGUUGUGUGCUUGUACACAAACACCACGUGACUGGGGACUACCAUAUUAAUGUGGCAGGUGACAUAAAGAAUGCAAUGUUUUUAUCUCCUAACGUAUUGCACAAAUUGACUGCAGGAAUUUAUUUAAAAAGUAGCAACAAAUAUUCACAUUUAUUAAAAAACGUUGAAAAAGAAAUAGUUUCAACGUUAUUGACAGUUUUGAAAAACCAUCCCGUGGCUUUUUCCAAAUGUCCUGGUAUGCAGUAUAUACGGUAUACUGCCUAAGCCUAACAGACAUUUAUUACUUGAUAUCAGAGCAUGUUGCUAACUAUAAAGUAGAGGUUGUCUAGUUCCAUUCCAGUCAUCUGGAUGGGAGGAGAAAGAACACACACAUCUUGUUCAGAGGUUUGACAGAAUUACAAUUUAUUGAAAUCGGCACAUAAACAGCUUCUUUAUAUGUUCACCUGUGAGGGACGUUCAUAUUCCAAUUGGCCUGUCAAAUAUCAGCAGUUGGCUGUGACAUGUGUCCUUACGUCGGUUGAAUUGCCGCCUCUUCUCCUUUCCCUCUCCUCUCCUUCCAUCCCUUCAUCUGUAGAAAAAGACCACAGAACAGACUGUGUUUUCUUUAGACAGCUCGUUUUCAGGGGCUGUGUGAAAGGUGCACACAGAUUAGUUGUGGUCACCUUCUCCUGGAAGCUACACAGAUGGAGCCUUGUUUUGAGGGCACAGCAUAAAAUAAUUGAUUGGGCUGGGACUGAGAGCAGGGAGAGUUGGAGCUCUGCCAGGGAGGCCCAUUAACAACAGAAGAGUUGAGACGACUGUCUGUCACACCGUGGCUGUGUUAGGGAGAGAGAGAAGACACGACACCGUCAGCUCAGCCUCGGCAGCUUACAGGAAGGAGCCUGCUGUUUCAAGGAUGUCCUCAACCCAAUGUCUCCUUAAAUCAAAUCAAAUUUUAUUUUUUCACAUACACGUGUUUAGCAGAUGUUAUUGCGGGUGUAGCGAAAUGUUUGUGCUUCUAGCUCCGACAGUGCAGUAAUAUCUAACAAGUAAUAUCUAACAAUUUCACAACAUAUACCCAAUACACACAAAUCUAGUAAGGAAUGGAAUUUAAGAAUACAUAUAUGGACAAGCAGUGACAGAGCGGCAUGGACUAAGAUACAGUAGAAUAUUAUAGAAUAGAAUGCAGUAUAUACAUAUGAGAUGAGUAGUGCAAGAUAUGUAAACGUUAUUAAAGUGACUAGUGUUCCAUUUCUUAAAGUGGCCAGUGAUUUCAAUAGGCAGCAGCAGCCUCUAAUGUGCUAGUGAUGGCUAUUUAACAGUCUGAUGGCCUUGAGAUAGAAACUGUUUUUCAGUCUCUCGGUCCCAGCUUUGAUGCACCUGUACUGACCUCGCCUUCUGGGUGAUAGCGGGGUGAACAGGCAGUGGCUCGGGUGGUUGAUGUCCUUGAUGAUCUUUUUGGCCUUCCUGUGACAUCGGGUGCUGUAGGUGUCUUGGAGGGCGGGUAGUUUGCCCCCGUUAAUGCGUUCGGCAGACCGCACCACCCUCUGGAGAGCCCUGCGGUUGCGGACGGUGCAGUUGACAUACCAGGCGGUGAUACAGCCCGACAGGAUGCUCUCAAUUGUGCAUCUGUAAAGGUUUGUGGGUUUUAGGUGCCAAGCCAAAUUUCUUCAGCCUCCUGAGGUUGAAGAGGCUCUGUUGCACCUUCUUCACCACACUGGCUGCGCGGGUGGACCAUUUCAGUUUGUCAGUGAGGUAUACGCUUUCCACAUCUGGGAAUUCUGCUGCAAGACCAUUUGCCUUGAGAAAAAAAAGUGGUGUAUUUUUCUAAACUUUGAGUUGUGUAGCUAGGUUGUAAAGCAUGUUUUCUGAUGUCGGAUGAACAAUGUAAGGGUCUCAUAUUGACAUUAGGGCUGGGAAUUGGCAGGGACCUCACAAUAUGAUAUUAUCACGAUACUUUGGUGCCGAGACGAUAUGUAUUGUUAUUCUCACGAUUCUAUAUGUAUUUCGAUACUGUGAUUUUAUUGCGAUUCGAUGUUCCAAACAUAUUGCUCACCAUAUGUCUGCUGCAGAGGGACAAGAGAGAGCCAUGAGAAAACAAGUUUUGAUCAAUCAUGGGAAUAAAAGUGCUGAAAACAAAUUAUUUCCCUAUUUAAAAAGAAGAUGGAGAACAAUCUAUGAAGGAGUUUUGGUGCAGGUACAGCCAGCUCAAAAAUUAUAUUGCGAUAUUGUCAAAAUGAAACUAUAUAUCGUCAAAUAAUAUCCCUAUAUGUAACUAUUGAUUUUUUUUCUUUCUUCUUCCCAUCACUAAUUGACAUAAAGCCCAUGUUUUUGUUUCUUCAUGGUUGCGGUGGUUAAUGACUCCUACCAGUACUAUACUAGAGCAUCAAUACUAUAGCGUCAUAUGACAGCAGCAGUGUUGGACGGCAUCUGUCUAAAAAACUUUAUGUUAACGUUGGGGGAAAUGUUUAAACUCAAGCAGCAGUUUGCAUCGGUCAUUGAUAGUUUUCUCAUCUAAUUAUGCAUUAUACAAAGUCACUUUCAGCGCUUCCAGAGGUGACCUUGUAGCUACGUACCUGCUGCACUGACCACAGACAGACUAGCAGAGACAUGAUAUUGUGUUGAUAGAAGAGAUGCAGCUUAGCCAUGUCUGCUGACAAUAUAUUUGAUCAUUGUGUGAGGAAUCAGGCGAGAGAAGCAUAGUCAGAAUUUAGUUUUAAAUUCUAAUAAUUAGUUCAUUUUAUAAGUAAGUACGAUUAGCCUAUAUGUGAUCGUAGCCCAGCUAUAACUUGGUACAGUGCUCUUAUUCUCUCCCUCUAGCUCUCACGUUCCUCUCUUGGCCCAGACAGCCUAGUCCUUGUAACUGGUUUAGUCUGUCUCCAGUGGUUGACUGGGUGACAAGAAAAGAGGGCACUUCGGACAUAAAACCAUGUCAAGCUCUCAAAUAGAAGUCUGCCUUCCAUCCCAUUCCAUCCCAUGGCGGGCCCAGCCCAGUGCAGUUGUACUACGGAAGAAGAAGCAGAGAAGUGCUGUGGAUUUGCAUAGCAAGCGGCAGCCUGAUUCUCCUUGCUUUGCCCACAUAAAUCCUGCCUUUCUGGCAAGAUGUGACCAACACUAAUCGCUUGACAAACUCUGUCACACUCGCUUGUGGAGCUGCAGUGCAGUGGUUUCGUGUGUGAGCCUGAGAGAGCCGUGUGUGCUGGGGGGAGAAAAGGGGGGUGAGGGUGAGUUAGUUGGGGGACUAAAGGGAGGGAGUCACUCAUUAGACGGUAGAGAAUGAGGAGGGACCAUUUCUAGCUCCCCGCACAUCUUCCAAAAACGUCUGAAACCCUACCUCUUGAACACUCAUAACUACUUUGUUGAUAGAAAAUGUACUUGCUACAGUUGUGAUAUGUUGUCUCACCUAGCUAUCUUAAGAUGAAUGCACUAAUGUAAGUCACUCUGGAUAAGAGCAUCUGCUAAAUGACUAAAAUGUAAAUGUAAAUUGUUUUCUGUGUGGCUGGAACAAACAGGGCCUGAGCUGUGUGAAGCCUGAGCGUAGGUACACACACACACACACACACACACACACACACACAAAACCUUGUCACAUGGAUCACACACAUGCUGGUAAAGCUAGCCGAGCUGAGCCCCUAACCCUCCAGCCACACAGUGUCAGCAUGUAAACCCAGGCAGGGCCAAAGGUGGGGGCAGCACAGCCGAGCACAGGACUGACACUACACUACAGCCCUAUCAGGGCCGCUGUCUUCGGUCUAGUGUCUACACCUGCAGUAACUAACUGAGACCUCUCCUAGAGAUGGGGACGUAUCUGCUGUAGCGUAGUUCAUGGGGUGGAAUUCUUCUAUGAACAGACACAAUGCAACCAUGGUUACAUCAUUCUUGUUUCUUGCUGUAGAAAUGAGAAGAUCUCCAUUGCAGCUAGCACUCAUUCUUCAAUGAACAGUGGACAAUUCAACCAUGAUUGAAUAAUUGUUUUACUGUAAAUAAUAAUAUAUUCAGUGGACCACAGGCUGCAUAUGUCUGCAGAAGUCAAACCCCACAUGCCUGAGGUCAUCCACUGAACCAUAACGUUACUGUAUACCUUCUCAAGCGUUCCAUCUGGCCGUGGUUAGAGAAGGCAGAUAGGAGAGUAUGAACACGCUAACAUCCAGACUGCAUAAAUAGCUUUUUAGCUGAACCUAAUGGAGUGAGUGAGGCGUAACCACAGGGCAGAUAACAGCACAGAUAGUCCUUUUUCAUCAGUUUUUCCAAGCCCAUGUGAGAGGGAGUGCUACAACACCUCUCUUCUUCCUCUGGAAGCCAUCAGACAGCCAAGCCCCAAGCAGCAGAAGCUCUCUAAAGUUUUAGCCAUAUGCAAAUCACAGUGCUGUGGGGCUGGCUAGGCUGACUGUUGUAGCUGCUGUACUCUGGCAGAACUGUUAGCGAUGCAGGGUCAGGCAGUCCAGGCUACUAAGCCUGUGGUGUGUUUUUGCCUUAUUCAUUAGUGUCUGGAUGGCUGUGUGGGCCUGACUCACUGCCCUCAGCCUGGGCCUGACUCCCCCCUCCUCCCUCAGCUCAACUCCCCCCCCCCCCCCCCCCCCCCCCCCCCCACAGUUCCUUCUGUCAUGCACCCUAUGACACCCUCCCUCCCUCGCUCUGCUCUGCACCCUGCCCCUCCCCCCGCCACAUUCACAUACAUUAGCACAGCCCAGAACAAUGCUCACUCCACACAGGAAAUGGGCAUUUCUCCUCUGAGAUGAUUCUAUAUCGGCAAUUAAUUGCAGCAUUUUGAUCUUUUGUGUCCACUGUGGACAAUUAGCAUUUUAGCAGCAGCAUAGCUAUUACCUGUGCCUGAGGAUUGUUCUGUAGAGUUCUGCAAAGACAUUUACAUUUACGUCAUUUAGCAGACGCUCUUAUCCAGAGCGACUUACAUUAUUUUAUUUUAUUUUCAUACCCCCUGUGGGAAUCGGACCCACAACCCUGGCGUUGCAAACGCCAUGCUCUAUCAACUGAGCUACAUCCCUGCCGGCCAUUCCCUCCCCUACCCUGGACGACCCUGGGCUGCAAAGAGAGAGAGAAACUGUAGAAUGGUGAUGAAUCUGAAGAAUCUAACCUUAAUCUCCUGGGUCGCAUUCAUUAGGCACGUAUUUUAGCUUUCCGCUGGAAAACAUUUUGCUACAGUGUGCACUUAUGAAUACGACCCUGUGUUAUGUAAGGGCUGCUAGAAAGAUGGGAUUUCUUCUUAGGCUCUAAUAAGAGUGAGAGUCAAUCGAAAGGAACAUGUCUUCCAUCUCACCUCUAGUGGUUCCAGAGCGAUUAAUGGAGACAAAGUGACUGGGUUCAUCCCAAAUGGCACCCUAUUCCCUACAUAGUGCACUACUUUUGACCAGGAUCUAUAUGGCUCUGGUCAAAAGUAGUGCACUAUGUAGGGGAAUAGGGUUCCAUUUGGGACACUGCAGGUGACUGUAGCUGCCUGUUUAAAGAGUGAUGGACCUGGUGGAUGACCUUCUCUAGUCUAGACUGAUGCUGAGUUGGUGAAAACAUUUAAACGCUGUCUAUCUGUCGCAGUGCAGGGAGGUUGCAUCAUCAUCCAUCUAAAUGCCAGACAGCAGAUUUUAGUUGCCGAUUUUUAAAUACAGGCUACUAAAAUAUCAACUUUUCUAACGUGUUAGAGAAGUAGGCUAAUCUCUCUGGCACCAGGCUGCAUGCCUACUUAAUGCUGCUGUCUCUGGCUGAACCUGCAGGCAGAAGUCACCUGUGAGGAAUCCAAGCUUUGUCCUUGGAUGCACAGGCUUGUAUAACAUGCAUUCCAGUAAAAGUCAAAACAGACCGUGCAGACCAACCGUCCGAUCUCAUCUGACCACAGAACAUCAGCUGUAUUUUUCUGUUAAUUUCCCGACGAUUCUACAUCAAUACCCAGCAGGUGAUCUACUGCACACGGCCGAGGUUUGUGUUGGUCUUCCCUCUAACACAGUGGGUGCGUCCCAAUAAUAUACUACUUCCCACAUAUCUAAAAGCAUUGUAUUGGUGGAGGCAUGGGCUAUAGGGAAUUUCCACCACAUUUCUUGUACCAGUCAUUUACUUUUAAAUCAGUGAAGGGAAGUGAAUAAGUUCACGCUUUGGGAGGAAAGAGAGAUAAUUGGGAGGUAGCCAGUGUAGUGAAUGGCCAUGGAGGGUGACUUCAUGUAACAUCUAUCCCAUGUGUUCCCCUGUCUCUUUAGGACGAGUCCCGGAUCAAGGCGACGGUGAUGGAGGUGAAACCUGUGGACCACAAGGAGUACAGCAAGAGACUCAUCAUGAACAUCAGGAAGAUGGCUGCCGCCCAAUAA